CGCGGCACCCCGCCACCGCCGGGCUUCAUGUGAGAGAUGGCGAAUGCCGAAGUGAGCGUCCCUGUGGGUGAUGUGGUGGUUGUACCAAGUGACGGAAACGAAGGGGAGAACCCGGAGGAUACCAAAACCCAAGUGAUCUUGCAGCUCCAGCCGGUGCAGCAAGGGAUUUACCAAGAGGGCUCCGAGGCCAGCGCCGCCGUAGUGGCCGUCGAAACCCACACCAUCCACAAGCUAGAAGAAGGGAUCGACCCCAGCACCAUCGAAACGAACGAGGAAAUCGAGAUCGCCUAUCCCAUCACCUGCGGGGAGAGCAAAGCCAUCCUGCUCUGGAAGAAGUUCGUCUGUCCGGGAAUUAAUGUCAAGUGUGUAAAGUUCAAUGACCAACUGAUCAGCCCGAAGCAUUUUGUUCACCUGGCCGGGAAGUCUACCCUAAAGGACUGGAAGAGAGCCAUUCGCCUCGGAGGAAUCAUGCUGAGGAAGAUGAUGGACUCGGGGCAAAUCGACUUCUACCAGCACGACAAAGUUUGCACCAACACCUGUCGAAGCACCAAGUUUGAUCUCCUGAUCAGCAGCGCCAGAGCACCGGUGCCGGGGCAGCAGAGCGUGGUCCAGACUCCUACGUCAGCUGACGGGAGCAUCACCCAGAUCGCGCUGUCGGAGGAGAGCAUGGAGGAGGGGAUCGAGUGGAACUCGGCUCUGACGGCUGCCGUCACCAUGGCCACUGAGGAAGGCAUGAAAAAGGACACGGAUGAGAUCUCGGAGGACACGCUGAUGUUCUGGAAAGGAAUAGCUGAUGUGGGGCUGAUGGAAGAGGUCGUGUGCAACAUCCAGAAGGAGAUAGAAGAAGUCCUACGCGGCGUCCAGCAGAGGUUGGGUCAGUCUCCCUUCCAGAUGACGGAUGCUGCAGUCUUGAACAACGUCGCCCACACAUUUGGCCUAAUGGACACAGUCAAGAAGGUUCUGGACAACAGGAAAAACCAGACAGAGCAAGGAGAGGAACAAUUUCUUUACACACUGGCAGACCUGGAGCGGCAGCUGGAAGAGCAGAAGAAACUUGCCAAGGACCAGAAGGCGAAGUCCCAAACCAUCCAGAACGUGGUGCUGAUGCCCGUCAGCGCUCCCAAGCCCCCCAAGAGACCCCGCCUGCAGCGCCCAGCCUCCGCCACCGUCCUCAGCCCCUCCACCCCCAUCCAGCAGCCUCAGUUCACGCCCUUCCGAUACGCCACCGGGGUGUCCUCCUCCAAGACCAGCUCCUCCGACACGGUCACCCUCCACCCGUCCUCCAGCCUGGCGCUGCUGAGCUCGGCGGCCAUGCAGGACAGCGGUGCCCUGGCGAACGUGGCGGCCGUGGUCAACCCCGUGGAACUGGUGGCCAUGGAGUCCGGCCUCACUUCCACCAUCCAAGCCGUGGAAGGCACCUCGGACGACGGGCAGACCAUCAUAGAGAUCGACCCGGCGCCGGAUCCCGAGGCGGACACGGACGAGUCGGAGGGCAAAGCUGUGAUCCUGGAGACGGAGCUGAGGACUGAGGAGAAAGUGGUGGGAGAUGUGGAGGACCAUCAGCACCAGGUCCAUAACGUGGAGAUUGUGGUCUUGGAGGACUAGUGGGGAAGGCAAG